UUCAUUUUGGUGCUGUGCAGCCAUGUGAUCAGGAACAGUCUUUUCCUAUUUCAUUAUUUUUCUUUCCACGGGCCGAAUACAUCGUUUUUAUGGAGACAUCGACUGCAGAUGUUAAACUGCAGCUGUUUUAUAUUUUAAUUUUGUAUCACUCCAUUAUCAGGUGCAGCCUAUUCUUGAGGGAGAACAUGGUGAAAAACACCUAAUGUCUGACUGGCAUGUUGGAACAUGCACCUCGCACAGCUGAGCUAUGAUAGAAGAUGGCGGAGUUUUUGUUUGGGGAGGCAGACACCGACACCACUGCAGAAGUGUACUUGGCAGACAACAGACUGAAUUUAGACGUAUUUCCAAAUGGCACCAGAAAAUUUUUGGUGCUAUGCAAUACUCACAGGGAGGAGUUACAACAGGUUGAGUUUCUACGGCUAAACUGCAAUGAAGAGGAGAUCAGUCCAUCACUUGCCAUCAUUCCUGAACUAAGGAGACUGAAAUCACUUGUGCUUAAAGGUGGUCACCUUAGAGAUGAAUAUGGCAUGCGUCAGCGCGGUCUGGUGACAACUUUGCCUGUGGAGUUUGGACAUUUCCAGCACUUGACCCAUUUGGACCUAAGCUUCAACAGCUUUAUUUCUUUGCCCGAAUGUCUGACGGAAUUGAAGGAGCUCACUGUGCUUCUGCUAAGCCACAACCAGCUGGCUGCACUGCCCAACAGCAUUGGCAAGCUGGUGAAACUGUCUUUUCUUUCCCUAAUGAAAAACCAGCUGAGGGUGUUGCCCGGAAGCAUUGGUGAACUUGUAGCACUUCAGAGAGCAGACCUAUCUGAAAAUGAGCUGGAACAGCUUCCCGAUGAGAUAGGAAACCUGAGCAGUUGUACCUGGAUAGACUUUUCAGGGAAUCGAUUGAAAACUCUGCCAUCCUCGCUUGCAAACAUGACGUCUCUUGGGGAAUUACAUCUACACAGCAAUCAACUCAUAACGGUCCCAGCUACUCUUGCUUAUCUCCCCAACUUGUCAAGACUUGACCUGCAGAACAAUUGUCUGCGCUCUGUGCCUCCUGAGAUCCAGAAUUUCCCCUUUGUGCAUUUAGAGGGCAAUCCAAUAGGGGAGGCAGAGAGCCCUGAAGAACAAGACCAUCCCAACCCAAAAGAAAUCGCAGAUCCCGAUACCUUGCAUCUAAUGCAGAGAGGUACUGUCAGUUGUUGUUUAAUUAAUCAGCCAUUUCCUUUCUUCACUAUUACCACUGAAGGCUGCAAUGUUGUUUUGCCCUGCGGGAUUGAAAUCCACUUCCCACCUAAGGCAGUUUCCUUGGCGGCAGGAUCUUUUGCAGAGUCAUACCCCUGACCGCAGCAGGUGAAACUCAGGCAUCAUGACUUCUUACUGAGCCCUGUUCUGAAACUAUUUCCUCAUGGUAUACAAUUUGAAAAGGAAGUGGUUAUUUGGAUGCCAUAUAUUUCUCCUCGGUCUGACCACCAAAGAGAAGUUGUGAUGCGAACGUUUAAUGGAAGCUGGAGUAAUCUGGAGACCAAGGUUUCUAAGUCGCGACAUAUGGCCUGUUGCAGCGUGCUCCAUUUCUCCUGGUUCAUUGUCAUUUCACGACUGAAGGAGAACAAGUGCACUGUGCCAACUGAAGGAACCCGACUGUUCUCUUCUGUGGAUCCCAACAUCAAGGUGAUCUUUCCAUCCGGGGCAGUGAAUGAGUCUCGCACUGUGAAAAUGCAGGUGUUGCCUGUUAUUGUAGAGGAGUUACAUGAGCUCACAGAUGAUCAGGACUCUCUGGCAAGUCCUCUGCUCUGCUUGUCACAAAAUUCAACAGAUGACUUUCUGAAACCAGUUAAGAUUCAGCUUCCAUUGCCUUCCGGGGUCACAGGUUUGAAUCUGGACCGUUCCAAAAUUCAUUUACUCCAUGGAGAUCCAGAGGUUCAGGAUUGGAUGGACAUUACGAAUCAGGUGGUGCUGGAAUUCACUCACCUUUAUGCCAUUUUUGAAGUUAACCAUUUCUCAUGGUACUGGCUGUGGUACACAACUAAGACGUAUGUUGGUGGAAUCGCUAAAAAAGUGUAUGAACGCCUGAGGAGAUGGCAGGUCAAUUUUCUGGCACUGCAGAGGAAGAGGGAUCCAGAACAAAUUUUCCUCCAGUGCCUUCCCAAACACAAGGUUGAGUCUGUCUGCAAGAAUUUAGAGAAGAGGUAUCGGGGACCUGAGCCAUCUGACAUUGUUGAAAUGUUUGAAGGAGAACAAUUUUUUGCUGGAUUUGAAAAAGGGAUUGAAAUUGUUUCAGAUCGGCCAGAUUGCAUAGAUGGGAGAAUCAGUUUCACCUUUUAUUCGCAUCUGAAGAACAGUAAAGAGGUUUAUGUCUCAACUCCAGCAGACAGGAAAACACAGGCUGUGAAAGGACAGGUUUCCUUUUACAGAGGGUCCUUGCCAGAAAAUAUACCCGAAGAGGCUGCUAAGAAGAGAAAAGGCCCAGAUUCGAUGUGGCUGGCCACUUUGCCAAUCAAAUUGCCAAAACAGAAAUCAAGACUUCAAAAUGAGUCAAGAAAGGAAUCAUCUUAUCCACCAUUAAAUCUAGGUGAUGAAGAAACUGGCUACCUGACUGAAGCUAAUCUUUGGAGUAUCGCAAGAAGAAUCGGGUCAGAAUGGCGGAAUAUUGGAAUAAAUCUUGGUUUAACCUACUCAGAAUUGGAAAGAAUAGCAUACAAUAACAGGGACGACCUGGAUAAGCAAAUCCUGGAGAUGCUCUUUACUUGGGCACGCUGCAAUGCAAACGUCUCAGGUUGCAUCAGUCAUCUCAUUCAAGCAAUGAAGGAGAGUGAUCGUGAAGAUAUUGCUGAGGAAAUAGAUAGUAUUAUUGAACUUGGCAAGAAGAAAUAUCGUGAGUCUAUUCAUCGAGUUGGACUGAGCCAAGAAAGCAGCAAUGAAGAUUCAGCCAUAGCAAUGGUGUAAGCCUGAAGGCAUUGCUCCAGCAGAGAAAAUGCAUUUGAACCUUUGGUGAUGUUACUUGAGGCUAGAUGGGGAGUUUUUAAUUCCUAUUUGAGUUUUAUUAGACUUUUAUUUUUGCUGGCAGUUGGUGUCAAGGGGCACAGUGAAUUCUUGGCAAUACUGUUGGAGAAUGAAUGCUCUGUGUGCUUCUGGUCAAGACUCACAGACUCCCUGGGUUUGUGUUUUACAUAAAUAUAGACUGCAAGAUUGAACACACAUUUUGAAGCAAUGUGCAAUUUACAAUAUUAUUUCAGUUAGUGUGAGAUGCCCUUUUAUUUCACUGUGUAUUACAAAGAGGAGCAUACUAUCUCUACUUCUCACCCUCUGCAGUUGUUCAUGGAACCUUCCAGCACUGGAACAAGCUGUUGACCUUAAGUCUCCAUCAAUGGUUUACUCCAUUGGAGCCUGGUAGUUGAAUCCCUUCUUGCUCCCCAUGUGGAUUUAUUCUGAGAAACUCAGUGUUUUCCCAUUUAGACACACAAACCUUUCCUUUGUGAGUUCCCUAAUAUUGCUGAGCUCUGGCAGAUCAGGUUGCUAUGUGCCAUUCUUUAAGGCACUAAGAAACCGGGGAGAGAAGUUUGCAACACUAGACAGUGUCUGUCUUCCUAUAUUGGAGGAGACAUGUUAAUGCUUCCAUUGAAUUAAUAUUGGAUUGUUUGGAUCAGUUUUGUACCCCAGUGUUUAGCAGGCCCAUAUAAAAUAACUAAAUACGUAAGUUAGUGAGUUGAUUUUGCUUUGAUGGAUUUUUAAAACUGCUAGUUGCAAUUCCUAUGCAGUGUUAGCCUCCCCAUCUGAUUACACAAGUGGGAAUUUCUCUUCAACCUUUGUGCCCUUGCUGAGGGUGAUUGACAACUGGCCCUCUUCAUUGUCACAAAAAACUUAGCCACCAGUGUAAGAGCUUACUGCAAACAACAAAAAUAGUAUUAUGAAAGCUAUAACUGUUGGCAUUUGGAGGGGAAAAAAAGCAGGAAUAAAUCUUUAAAAAAAACAAGUAUUUAUUUAUCUAGAAGUUGCACUUAUACAUGCUGACAUGGAGUAUGGAGUAUUCCUUUCCAGUAAUAUGAUAGUAUGCAAUCAUCAUCAUUCUAGAUGGAUGCAGUAUGCUACAGAUAUGUUUGUAAUUUCUAAUUGUCUGUGCAUAAUUUACAAUGUACAAAAGUAAAAUACCAUGGGGAUCAAAAAUCUGAAAUAACAGUAGAAAAUGCUGAAAGUAUUCACCAGAGUCGGGCAGCAUUGAUGUGAGAGAAACAGGAUUCACGACCAGAGCUAGUAAAAGUAAGAGAAAAGAUAAAUUUUUAAGUGGCAAAGAAAAGGGGGAGAGGAGGAAUGAACAACAGGGAAAGUACGUGAUUGAGUGUAAAGCAAAAUUUCUUAAACGGGAGAAUGGAUGAUGGUGCACGGCAAAAAUCAAGAGAUGAAUCUAGUGGAGGUGCAAAUGGCUGGAGCAGAAUCCUCCUCUGAAACGGCUGAAUCUGGAACAUGGUAAUCCUUCCACCAUAGUUAACAGAGCCUUUGUCUGUGUCAGUUCGCUCACAAACCUGCCCUCAUCCUUUCAUCCCUCCAUUCCAGAAACACAGAAGGUCCACCGUGACCCGCUCCGCCAACCUCCACAUUCAACAAAUAAUUCCCCACCUUUCCUGACUCAUCCAGCAUGAUGCCAUCACCUAAAGCAGCUUCCCACAUUUCCUAUUCCAGCAAUACUAAGGAUCCAUUCCCUCUUUGACAUCUGAUCCCCUUCCCAAUCUUCACCAACACCACCUCCCCUUCCCAUGGCAUCUUUUCAUGCAAGUACAUAAAAUGUAACACUUGCACUUUUAUCUCCUUCAUUCCUCCACUCCCAGGGCUUCCAACACUUUACAGGUGGGAACGUCAAUGUACUUGUGCUACUUACAAUUUAGUACCUGCUGCUCACAUUGCUGCCUUCUCGACAUCAGUUUGAUCAAACAUAGAUUAAGGUGGAAAACUUCCAUUUAGUUCACUCACGUGACUCCAGUCUUGCAUUCACCAAUCACUUUAUUCUGCCAUUCUGCUCCCUGUCCCAUCUGGCAUGACUGUUACUGAACAUUUUUUUUAGAGAGGUAAAUGGUGGAAAUUAUUUUUUAAAAAAGCUGUAAAACUCAGCAAGUCGGUAGCAUUUAUGAGAAGAGAAAAAGAGCUGAUAUUUCAUCAGUAACGUCAGAAUUGAAGACUCUUCGAGCCGCGAUAUUAAUUUUUUUUUUCCAAUUGUAUUUCUGUAUUGGUGUUGGUUUAUUAUUGUCACUUGUACUGAGGUACAGUGAAAAAUUUGUUUGCAUACCGAUCUUACAGGUCAAUUCAUUACACAGUGCAGUUACAUUGAGUUAGUACAGAAUGCAUUAAUGUAGUACAGGUAAAAACAAUAACAGUACAGAGUAAAGUGCCACAGCUACAGAGAAAGUGCAGUGCAAUAAGGUGCAAGGUCACAACAAGGUAGAUCGUGAGGUCAUAGUCCAUCUCAUUGUAUAAGGGAAUCGUUCAAUAGUCUUAUCACAGUGGGGUAGAAGCUGUCCUUAAGUCUGGUGGUACAUACCCUCAGGCUCCUGUAUCUUCUACCCGAUGGAAGAGGAGAGAAGAGAGAAUGUCCCAGGUGGGUGGGGUCUUAGAUUAUGGCAUCAAUGUAUUUGGUCUGCUACACUGUUCCAAUGAAAUGCAACGCAACUUCAUGGAACAGAAUUUCGUGUAGUCACUGGGCACAGUACAGUUUCUUUGCCUCGUUGAGAUCAACAAUUUCAGAUUAGGAUCCCGCUAUUCCCUUUUCUACCUCCUCUAAUAUUAUCAUCUGUUUUGCUGCAUUCCUAUAUCAUUCUCCUUUGCCUUGCCCCAUUAUCUGUUUUGUUGUUUAAGCCAUCCUAUCCUUUCACUCUUUCAAUUACUUUUUUUUAUUCCUCUCCAUCUUUCCUUCCUCUCUGUGGGUUAAAACUUGUUCAUCUCUAAGUUCUUUUCCAAUUUUGAUGUGAAAAUUUAACUUUUUUUCCUCUCUCGAUGGACACUUCCUGACUAGUGUAUUUUAGCAUUUUUUUGGUUUUAAAGUUCAAAUGCAAAUUACCUUAGCUUUGCCAGGCUGAAACGAAGUAAGCUUCAUGCUAUUUGUUUUUAAAUCUUUCUCUUCGUUUAUUUAUGUAUAAAUCUGGGUGUUUGUGUAUGGCAUCUCAAAAUACAUUUUGCACAAAUCAUUAAUAUUUCCUUCAAGGACCGCACUGAGCAUUAAACUUAAUUUGUGAAUGUAUUUCCUUUUAAAUAUAGUAACAAUUUUAUGUUAAUUUAUUUUAAACAGUGGAUUUGUUCAAUGAAUUACAUACAGUGCAUAGAUAUUAAUUAAUGUAUUCUAAGAUGAAGAGCACAAGAAUAUUGUCUCUUAUUUUCAAAUAAUGAAAACUGAUGCUUUAUCCUUCCAAGGAAUACUGUGUCAUUCCCACUCUCUCCCAGUUCACAGUUAAAAACUGACUUUUCUCUGUCCCAUAACACUAGCACAAUUUUCCCCCUCUUUUCUAAUCCAAAAUGGUCUCCUCUGGUGAGGCUCUUAUAUGCAUUCACAUUGUUUAACUAAAUCCAAUUCCCCAGUGGAGGAGCACCAAAAGUAACUCUAAAUGACAAUGUGAAAUGCAGAUAACUGAGUGGGGAAGAACUUGCUGACAUCAGCUCGAGAUGUCCCUUCAACUAUAUCCUCUGGGGAUCAGCCUUCUGCCUCAGCAUCAAGUCCCAAUGCUUGAAUGUCUGGUGUGUUCAGUUGACAUUUGUCUGGAUGGCACUGAUAAUAGAACUUACUGGAGCAGGUAUACCCGAUUCAUAUAUUCCAACAGCAAUCGAUGAAAAUGAUUUGGAUAUAGAAAUUAAUCUACACUUUGCUUUUUAUUUUAAAUGUUUUAUGUGAACUCGAAUUAUUAAUAUAAAAUGAAAU